AACAGGGCAGAUUUUCGUCAUAUCUCGAUCUUCAAAUGUUUCUGAUUCCAUAUCUUCUUGAGGUCCAUGUCAUCGAACACAAAAGAUUGAACUUCCCACCUAAGAGGUUGCCAUGUCGAGCCGGACCCGAAGAGAGAGAGAAGGACAUUCGAAGCGCGACGGAAGGGAGAGGCGACGCCAUACCGAGACAGGCAAUCGACACGAGAGGCAUUCGGAAAGCAUACCACGGAGCUAUAACGAUGGAACCGAUUCAUUCUUUUCGCCCGCCGAUGGGGACCUGGCUGGAACGAUGGCAAGACUGGAAGUUGAUCCAAACAGCCGGGGAAAGGGAAAAGGAAAGCAAGAGGAACCCGCGUGGUCAGGUUGGACAUGGAGUGACCAACGUAGUUGCUAUUAUCGGGCAAGAUUGAAGCAAUCCGGAGAGUAUGAGUAUGAGUUCAGUGAAGCAUAUACGACAGCACCAGGUAGUGUAUCGGGAUCACAAGAGGCCUCGGUGUCCCCAACACCCCAACAUUCCCAAUCCUACAGUAGCGAAGCUCAAGAGGAGCCACCUACCAGGCAUCCCGCCGAAAGUCAUCACACCUUGCAAACAGGCACAUACCCUCUGGGGGAUUCAUCCCACGAUGAUCGGGAAUACGACUCGACUGGUCGGUCUUCUGUUUAUAAUGCGGAAGACAAUCCGUCUGCAGGUGGCCCUUCAGAGUACUAUCCACCAGGUCAUCCAGGUUAUCCACCGGCCAGUUCAAGUUAUCUAUCUGCUAGUUCAAGCUAUCCUCCCACGAGUUCGGAUACUUCAUCCACUUACCCCCCCUCAGGUUAUACGUCGCCACAGCACUACCAAAGCGGUUCAACAGCAGCAUCUACUGCUUAUUCUGGGAGCUACGACAGUGGUUACCCAAUGACAGGGCGCUCCAUGGGAUCUUACAGCAUGAGCUACGGACUUGGUUCUCAGUGGCCAGAUGACCAAUUCCCCCCAGUAUUCGUUCCCCCUCCCGAUUGUGACUGUGAUCCAAAGAGACCUGGAGAAAAGCUUUGCGGUGUCAUCAUAUGGCCUGAACAACCUACACCGGAUGAUGGAAAAGUUACAGACGACCCAUAUCAAUCUUCGAGACCAACAGCAACUGAAAAGCUUGUUGUUAGGGUAAGAAACCACCAAUCUUUAAAUCUGUUGAUCUCUUGACACCUUCGUUAGGGACCAAGUGGACAAAAUUGUGGUCCGCUGGUAAUGCCUGGCAUCACGCCAGGGCCAAGGCCCCCGAUGCCUGCAAGAGAUGCUCCCCGGACAGUCAGGAAGGCAUACGAAAAGGAGGAUGCAAAGUGGCUGGAAGAACAUGCCCAAUGGUCAAGGAUUACAUGUCCUUGUGGCUUUGGGUAUUUCGACAGCAAGGGGGUUUGGAUUUCUGGAGGAGAAGCCCAA